CCCGGCCAGCCACAGCCCGCUGAGCGCCAUCUUCGCAGCUCCUGUGAGCACCAGUGUGGCGGUCACCGGUUAGCAGACUCUCCUCCUCUCUGAACUGUCCAUCUUCAAGCCAUCAUGAACCCUAAGAACCGCAGAUCACAGAAGGUCUCAUCCGACAUAAAGAAUAACAUGAAAAUUGAGCACUACUUUUGUCCUCAGGGCAAUAAGGAACAACAGAAUAAUGCUAGUAUUCCUCAAAUGAAGAGAGGCUCUAAAAAAGGUCCAAAAGAUAUAACUAAUACCCAGGCUCAAGGACCCAAAGACCAGGCUACAUCCCAAAAUAAGGUCAUUCAUGUUACCUUGGAUGUACACCACAAGAAACACAAACAGAUGAAAUAUAUGCUCACAUAUACUGAGCAAGCUAGCUUAUUCGAGGCACUCAACACCCUUGAGGCUGUCAAAGAAGAGAUGGCAGCUCGGCAAGGCAAAGAAAUGCUGGUGCGUGGCACAAAAGGAAUUGAAGCGCACCUGAACCUUGGAAUGCCCCUCAGCUGUUUUCCUGAAACCUGCCACCUGGUAAUUACAUUUGCCCAUAGUAAAUGUGAACAGAAAGAAGAGAACCAGAUAUUUGGCCGGCAUGAGAAGUCAUCCACUGACUGUGUCAAAUUUUUUAUUCAUGCGAUUGGGAAGAAUCCAAAAAAGAUUGUCAAACGCGGGGAACUUCACAAAGAUGGCUUCAAACUCUGUGUCUAUGCAUUCAAAGGAGAAACCAUCAAGGACGCUGUGUGCAAAGACGGCAGAUUCCUCUCCUUACUGGAGAAUGGUGAUUGGAAACUCAUCGGAAACCUGGACUCCAUUGUAGAAAGCACCCAGCCAGUCGAUGACUUAGAGGGCAAGCUCUUUCAGGUUGAGGUUGAGAAAAGAAGGCGUUCUCAGGCAGCAGCCGCUCAGAAUCCUGAGUUAGAGAAAAGUAACACCAGUGUGUUAAAAGAAGCAAUGGUGGACCAGUACCCCAGUUUGAAAAGAGAGAGUGAAAAAAUUAGAGAAAACUUCAAGAAACAAAUGAAUAAAAGAAAGGGGAAAACUUCAUUAUAUCAAUUGCAUCGAACAAACUUUGGGAAACUGACAAAAAACUCCACUCCAGUUAAAAUGCACAGACUUCUUUGUCAGCUCGGUGACUCAGUUGGGUACAUGUCAUGGAACAACAAUGGAUAUGAGGGUUCUGCCACCUGCUUCCUUUUUACAGGGUUGUUCGUUUUCACUUGUCGACAUGUAAUAAAUGACAUUGUGGGAGAAGGAAUAGAGCCAAGUGAGUGGGCAGACAUAAUUGGACAAUGUGUAAGGGUGACAUUCGCUUACGAAGACAGCUCUAAAAAGGAAGAGAACUGCUUUUUUAUUGAACCUUGGUUUGAGAUAUCUGAUGUACAUCUUGAUUAUGCUGUUUUGCAACUGAAGGAAAAUGGACAGCAAGUACCUUUGGGACUAUAUAAUGGAAUUGGUCCUGUGCCACGUAGUGGGUUGAUAUAUAUUAUUGGUCAUCCAUAUGGAGAGGUAAAGUCUACUGAUGGUUGUACUGUAAUUCCUCAGGGAAAGCGAUUAGAGAAAUGUCAGGGACAUGUUCAGGCUAGAAAAGCAGAGGGUUUCAAGGGUAUGGAGUAUAUCCAUAUGCACACUCAAAGUAGUUUCCAGAAAAUAAUUCACAGGCCUGAUGUGAUUACCUAUGACACCACCUUUUACUUUGGGUCUUCUGGCUCCCCAGUGUUUGAUUCAAAUGGUUCAUUGGUAGCCAUACACACUGCUGGCUUUGCCUAUAAAUACCAAAUCGGGGAUUCCAGUAUCAUUGAAUUUGGCGCUACUAUGAAAUGCAUCAUGGAUGAUAUUAAACAAAAUUAUCCGGAGUGGCAUGAAAAAGUAUGCAUAACUCAGCAGGAUGUAGAAAUGGUGAGUGAUGAGGACUGAGGACGGCGAGAAUUCAGUCUAUUUCCAAACUUUGAGAUUACCUAUGGAGUUGUUAUUCCAUAGGCCAUGGUGACAGUUUUCUAAAUCCCAAAAUGGUUAAUUACAUUAAUAAUAAUAAUGAUUCAUAUUAUUGACCACUUCUUAUGCAUUAAGCACAUGAAAAAACUUGUUAUAACAACUCUAUGCAGUGGACUAUUAUCCCUAUUUUAAAGUCAAGCGAAGUAAAGCAUGAUAAGACUAAGUAAUAAUUCGUUUUAUGACACAAGAAAUAGUGUAACCAUUGUUUUGGGCUUGUUGUUUGUUUUGGUUUUUCAUCUUCCGUAUCUUCUCAAGUUUAGUUGUUUGAAGGCAGGAUCCAAGACUUGUUCAUCUCAUUAUUUCCAAUGUCUGGCACACAGGAAAUAAGUGCUUAAAAAAAUGUGUAGGUCAAUCAGUAGCAAAAUUUAGGACUACAGUUAAUCUUUUUUUCUCACAUUUUUGGGGGCCACAUUGGUUAAUAAGAUUAUAUAAGUUUCAAGUACACAACCUAAUUGCCGGACCUUCAUAUGUGUGUGUGUAAUAAACAGCUCUUACUGGUG